GCAUCAUAAAUCCGCUUUAGAGGGAGUUUCCUGUUCACUUGGGCGUUGAAUUUCCCCUUAUCUACAGUACCUUCUUAUUUUCUCUCUUGCUUGUGUAACUGUCAGCAGCAGGUCAUCAUCUUCAGUUCUGAGCCAGGAUUCAUCAUUAUCCAGGUAUUGAACCUGGACAUCCGCUGGACGAUCCUGAAACACAUCGGCAAUCUACCUCCCAUCUCCCUCCUCCCACGUGCUGAUCAAGCAUGCUGCCUCUCAGGAUGUUGGGCCACCUAAUGUUCAUGUUUUUACUGUGUGAUGCAGAAAAUAUGUGCCCAAUUGAGCUCGAUCCUCCUGUGGUUAUAGGAGAAUAUGGACGUUCAGUCUUGGUAAACUGCUCCAGCGCAACUGAUGAUCAUGAUGGGAUAUACUGGAUCCAGACUGGAAAACCACAGCCUGAAAUGGAAUUAGAACAUAAUUUUGUCAACUGGCCUAUUUCACUGUCAGACUGGAAUGUAACGGCUGAGUGCAAAAUACAGCUGCCGUACCAGACAUGCAGCAAAGAACUUGAACUCAUUGUAUACAAGACUCCAGAUAUUGUGUCAGCCUCUGCCAGGAAUCCUGGUCCGAUGGUGGAGGGCACAGACUUCCUGCUGGAGUGUGACAUCAUCAGUGUGGCUCCUGUGCAGAAGCUCAAAGUGAAGUGGUACAGAGGAAAUAAAACUGUGCUCACAGAAAUGUUUAAAGACACCAGAGUGGCCCCAGUCAAUGUGUCUUCCGUCUUGAGAGUCACUCCUGUGAGAGAUUACAACACAUCAAUUUUCAGAUGUGAGGCUGAGCUGCACUUCGGGCCAAAAGGGCCAGAGCUCACCCCUACAUCCUCAUUGCCUUACAUUGCGGUUGUGCAUUAUAAGCCACAGAUCCAAGCUUGUCCAGGGCAUUACACUGGUGUGGAGAAUGAGUUCCGUAUAGACACGUUGUCCUGUCAAGCUGAUGGGAACCCUGCACCCACUGUUCAGUGGUACUAUCAGGGAGAACCGAUCAAAGCAUCUGAGCCCCUCACCAGGACUCACUCUGGAAAGUACACAGCUGAAUUUGAAAAUUACCUUGGCAAGAGCAACACUUCUGUUGAUAUCACAAUUGAAUAUAGCCCUUCGUUUACCUGUAAUGAUAGAUAUGAGGUUGAAGAGCAUGGUAAACUCCAAACUGACUGUGAACCAAAGGGAAUUCCUAAGCCUGUCGUCACCUGGUUUAAAGAUGGAAAAAUGAUGGCUUCCCCACACUGGACAAAGAAUGAUAGUGGAGAAUACUUACUUACAGUAACCAACAAACAUGGAACAGCCAAUCACACCCUAUAUAUUGAUGUUCUGUAUGCCCCUGUGUUCAAGGAGGGAAAUUACAGUAAGGAGGUAACCCAGGGUGAAAAUGUGACUUUUCACUGCCAUGCUGAUGGGAACCCUACUCCUAAAAUCCAGUGGAAUUACACCGAUGCAGGGAAUGUGAGGGUGACCACUGGGGGGCACCAGACGAAUAUCAGCAUCACAGGAGCCACGUCUACCAAUGCUGGUGUUUACAUCUGUGUUGCCUCCAACAGUGUUGGACAUGUGACAAGAUCUGUCACACUGAUAAUGAAAGGUCAAACUAUUGCAGGCCUCUCACUGCUCAUUUGGGGGUUGAUAUUGCUCAUUGGCAUCCUCCUCCUCCUCCUCCUCAUAAUCAUCAUCAUCAUCAUCGUGAUCUGUUUCAACAGCCGCUCGAAAAAACAGGGACAAUAUAGUUUUGUCCCUGACAAAGCCAAAGAUGGUUCAGGUAUCCCCAUGACUACUCAGUCUAAUAGAGUGCAAUCUUAGGAUAUGUUUUCAAUUGCUGAAUAGGUAAGAUUAAAUCAUCUUGUGGACUGAAACUUUGAUCAGGUAUGUCAUUUUUCUUGCAUGGCAAGAAUGACUUGUAAAACUUGUAUUUAGUGUGAGAGCUGCAGCUCUCACACUUUUGUUCUUUUCGCUCUUUAUUAUUAUUAUUAUUAUUAUUAUUAUUAUCAUUUAUUCCGCUGUUUUUUGGCAUCUAACUAGUCCUGUACCGUUUGUCCUACAAACUUGGUUUCAACUUCAAAUUGUAAAUCUUCUUCAUGAGAUGGGUGCGAUUACCUGUGUUGCUGAUAUCUGUAAUGGUUGAUUUUAUAUUAAUAUUUUUAUGCAUUUUAAAAUGACUGUGUUCCUAUGAAGGGAAGGCUUUCAAGUUUCUUUUUCAAUCAUGUCUUCUGACAAAAAAAUGGCUCCUAAGCACCAAUAGAAGGCAUGUUUUGCUCUGUGAUGGCUACUCCGCUGUUGAAGAAUAAAAUAAAUGAACAGCCAAAGAAUUGUGCUGUGAAAGACUUAAUAGCUUGAUAACUCAAUAGCCGUGAUGGCGCAAUGGAUAAGAUACCUGCCUUUGGUGUGAGAGGCCCGGGUUCAAGUCGCUUUGGAUAAAAGCGUCAGAUAAAUGUAUGUUUAUUUAUUUUAUUCUUCAACAGUGCAGUAGCCAUCACAGAAGAUAUGUUUAUAAGCAAAACAUGCCUUAUAUUGGUGCUUAGGAGACCUUUUUUUUUGUCAGAAUAAGACAUGAUUGACAAAGAAACUUGAAAGCCUUCCCUUCACAGUGUAUCUGAGUAGUCAGGUGGUGGAGGUCUUGCUCCGGAUCCAGAGAUUGAUGGACAAAACCCUGCUCACAGCACGUUAACCAAACUUAACACAUAUGUUUGCUGAACAAGUGUGCAGCACAUCACUGAGUCUCUUAGCUGAUGGAGCUGCACAUUGCACCGACAGCGAUAGCAAUCGUAAAAAAUAGCUGGCAGCUCUCACACGCAUUUUCUUAAGGAAAUACACAUUCUAGUUUAGGUCUGGUAUGAUCCUAGGUUCACACCAGUGAGGACAGAUGUAAAAAUGCCUUUAUGAGGGAGAGUUACUGAUUAGGACCUUCUUUUAAUUCUCAAUAAAGUUACACAAAAGCACAUGUCAAUAUAUUGUGCAUCUAUACCCUUCAUUGCUUACAUACAUAAUUUAAAAUUGGUUUGACAUGUUUUGCUUUCACUCUGUAGCCUUGAUUAUUGUCAGUGCCUGAGUUUGCAUUUUAAUCCUCUUGACAUGUUUGGUGUGUUAAAAAAACAGAAUUGUUGGUCAUAUAAAAACAUGUAGGCUUUAUAUAACAUUAUUGUACAGUAUAUAAUAAAACUGGAAAAAACAGGACUGGGUGACUAACUGA